AUGAGUAAUAAUUUCAUUUCCAAUUUAAGAUCAAUAGAUUUUUUUGGAGCUCCUUUAGUCUAACAUAUAGAUAGAGACUAAUCAAUUUAUAAAAGCAUUUUUGGUGGAAUUAUGACAUUGUUGAUUUGCUCAGCUAGUCUUUCAUAUGCUAUCUGGGUUAUUUAUUAAUGGUAAACGAAUUAAUAUAGCCCUAAAAUUUCAAGUUCAGCCUUUGUUUCAAACUUUGAACUUUUAGAUUUGAACUAUGAUGUUAUAAAAUUUUAUUAUUGGAGAUCAGAUGAAGGAAUGAUUGAUCCAUUUGAACAAAAAGUUCUUCUUCCUUUNAAAAAUCCUUUUCCUGAUGAAGAAGCUGAUUUAAUCAAUUUCUAUGAUAUAAAUAAAAUAAAAUAGUGA